GCGGGCCGAGUGGUGGGCGCGUAGCGGCCGGCUCGGCUCCUCGACUGCGGCUCCAGCUCGGGCCGGCGCCCGGCGCGCCCCUCCUGGAGGAGGAGGAGGAGGAGGAGGAAGGAGGCGGGAGGAGGAGUUGCGGGAAGGAGGGCCGAGCGCGGCAGUCGCGCCGACGCUGGGCGAGGAAGCGGAGCGGGCGGCCGCCGGGGCAUCACACUUGGAGACUAUGUUUGGGGAGCGGUGGCUAUCCCAUUGUCCUUGGGAGCCGACUCUUGAGUAGUAGAGAAGAAGGAAAGAAGAAAAGACCACAUCUCUCUGAAGGCCUGGGAGACGAAGUUUCCUGAGCAUCAGUAAACCCUGCAAGCGUCACUAUGCCGUCCUGAAAUCUUCCAACAGAAAAUGGCUCCAAAGGGUAAAUGAAGCGGGAAAAAUACAUAGAUGCAGCAUUGCGUGCAGCCUCUCCAGAUGUUCGAGGAUAAUAUUCCAGAGAGAAAUUGAUUCCCUUGGAUUAGGUAACUAGUCAGAAUGAAGAAGAUUAGUCUUAAAACCUUCCGGAAAUCUUUCAACUUGAAUAAAAGUAAAGAAGAAGCGGAUUUUAUGGUUGUACAACAACCAUCACUAGCCAGCGACUUUGGAAAAGAGGAUUCCUUAUUUGGUAGCUGCUAUGGGAAGGAUAUAGCCAGCUGUGAUCUCAACAGUGAAGAUGAAAAAGGCGGAAAGAGCAGAUCAAAAAGUGAAAGCCUAAUGGGUACGUUGAAAAGACGGCUCUCUGCGAAACAGAAGCCGAAGGGCAAGGGUGGCGUGCCCUCCGGGGGCUCCGCGGACGAGGACACCUUCUCCUCCUCCUCGGCCCCCAUCGUCUUCAAGGACGUGAGGGCACAGAGGCCCAUGAGGUCCACCUCCCUGCGCAGCCACCACUACAGCCCCACGCCGUGGCCCCUGCGCCCCACCACGUCGGAGGAGACGUGCAUCAAGAUGGAGGUGAGGGUCAAGGCCCUGGUCCACUCGCCCGGCCCGGGCCCGGCCCUGAAUGGCGUGCGCAAGGACUUCCACGACCUCCAGGCCGACACCGCGUGCCAAGAACAGACGAACUCGCUCAAGAGUUCUGAGUCUCAGGAUGGGGACCUACAUCUCCACCUGGAAGAACAUGUGCCUGUCGUUAUCGGACUCGUGCCUCAGGACUACAUCCAGUACACUGUGCCUUUGGAGGAGGGGAUGUACCCUCUGGAAGGACCGCGUGGCUAUUGUCUGGACGGCUCCUCCCCCAUGGAAGUCUCCGCGGUCCCUCCUCCAGUGGGAGGGGGCUCCUUCCCCGAAGACGAGAAUCAGGUAGACCCGGACCUCGUGGUGGCCCCAGAGAUCUUUGUGGACCAGUCGGUGAACGGCUUGCUGAUCGGCACCACGGGAGUCGUGCUGCAGAGCCCGAGGGCGAGUCCCGAGGACGCCCCGCCACUCUCACCGUUGCUACCUCCCCUGCAGACGAAUCAGAUCCAAAGGAACUUCGGCGGGCUCGCCAGCUCCGACGCCCACGUGGCCGAAAGUAUGCGCUGUCACUUGAAUUUCGAUCCUAACUCUGCCCCCGGGGUUGCCAGAGUUUAUGACUCGGUGCAGAGUAGUGGUCCCAUGGUCGUGACAAGCCUUACAGAGGAGCUGAAGAAACUUGCGAAACAGGGAUGGUACUGGGGCCCCAUCACUCGCUGGGAGGCAGAAGGGAAGCUGGCCAACGUGCCGGAUGGUUCUUUCCUCGUUCGGGACAGUUCUGACGACCGUUACCUUUUAAGCUUGAGCUUUCGCUCGCACGGCAAGACCCUUCACACUAGAAUCGAACAUUCAAAUGGUAGGUUUAGCUUUUAUGAACAGCCGGACGUGGAAGGACACACGUCUAUCGUGGACCUGAUCGAGCACUCGGUCAGGGACUCCGAGAACGGGGCCUUCUGUUACUCCAGGUCUCGCCUGCCGGGCUCGGCCACCUACCCCGUCAGGCUGACCAACCCCGUGUCGCGCUUCAUGCAGGUGCGCUCCCUGCAGUACCUGUGCCGGUUCGUCAUCCGUCAGUACACCAGAAUAGACCUGAUUCAGAAGCUGCCUCUGCCAAACAAAAUGAAGGAUUAUUUACAGGAGAAGCACUACUGAGAGGCUAUGAGAACCCUGCGUCUUGCACUUGGGGAGGAAGAAAAAGAGAUUGAAAUACAGUUUACAGACUUUCCAUUGCUAUCAGAAUCUUUUGCUGCCAUACUGUUUCCGUUUUAUGUGUAAAAGAGUAACCAGUUCGUUUAGGGGUGGGGAAGUGUCGGCAAGGUGUCUUGGGUUUACUUUGGUUCUUUAAAAAGGGAAGUCUUGAGGUUUUAGAAGAGUGAACUAUCUUCCAUCAGUGUGCAGAAUAAUCACAAUGUGAAUUAUCAGAUUCUCCUUACCCACCCCGCCCCCAGUCCUUUGCUGCUAUCCACUGUGAUUUUUAUGCAUUAAAAGCACAUUUCAUGUGUAUUCAAUCCUAAGUAAAGUUAAAUGAAACUUAUAGAAUGAACAUUGUUAUGUCUCUUUCAAUGGCCCGUUUUCAAAGAUAGUGUUGAGUAAACAUAGCCGUGUGAUAAAUCACAGAAUUCACACCUACACUGAAAAUGAUUUUUAAUUUCAUACUUUAGAAGGAAUUAUUUAGAAUUAUGAACUGACAUAAUCUUGGGUAAUGGAACAGAGAUCUGCUACAUAUCUUUUACAACAUUCAUUUCUAAAUUAUUUUUAAGGUUGUGCUGUUAUUUUGGUUGUGAGAAGUUGGACUUUUCUGUUGCCUUCAUUUUCAUCUUGUGGUUUGUCUGUUUUAAUAAAUGGCCUUACAGAAUUGUAAAGAAAUGUAUACCACCAAUUUAGAAAUUGUUGCCUUUUCUGUCAUUAAACUCUGGUACAAAUUGGCAUAACAUAUAAAGACCUAAUGGAACUAGAACUAUUAAAGAAAUACUAGAUGAUCAUAGUUUCCGGUGUUAAGCAGUUUUAUUGUUAUCUAUAAUUUCCUUUGGUAAAAUGUUUUAUCUGUGAUUUCUUUAGCUUAGUCAACAUUUUCUUGGGUGAACUUGAUGUAGAAAUGAUUUUCAUAAAUGGACUAGAUCCUCUUGCAACAUAAAGUUUAUAUAAAGUUUUAAAUUGAUUUGAAUAGAAAGAAAACAUUGUUUUAAAGUUGGGCUUAUAUUUUUCUUUCAUGCAGUCACUAUUAAGAUGUGCUAGAUUUGACCCUUCCUUCCCCCCACCAAAAAAACAAAAACAAAAAACCAAAAAAACCCAGUGACUUUAGUUGAAAAAUUGUGGAGAUUGUGGAGCACCAUGUAAGAAAAAUAUUAAAACCCAAUCAGGUGUAUGGAAGUGUUUGCCUACCAUAUAUACUGACCUUUAAAAACAGGUUUUCUAUUUGUUUCUUUUUAAGUCCUUAGUAAGUUGACAUCAUUAGGGUGGAGUAUGUUACCUCCAAUACUUUUUAGUUAUUUUGAAAUGCAGUGUUUAUUUACUGCAUGAUUCAUUAGUAUUUCGGAAUUGCUCCAUCCAGAAGGUGUUUCUAGCUACAUAACUUUAAAGGAAAUGUUUCCCUCUCAGAUGAAACGUAAUUUAAGACAUUUCUUCCUUUGUCCCUCGGUUUUCCUAUCUCUUACCCCCAUUUAAAAACAAGAGUAAAGGUCUCAGAUCAAAUUUAAUAGCGUUGUCAUUCAGACAUAAGCAGUAUCCCCAUUUUUUUUCUCUCUUUGUUUUUUAGAGUCAACUGAGAAUUACCAAGAAAAGGCACAAUGCCAUCAUAUCUGUUACGAUAUUUCGACUUAAAGGGGAAAAGGUACUUAAUUUUGGUGGAAUGUUUGAUUGUACCUUGUUACAAAGACUCCUCUUUCAUUUUCUGAUAUGUUUUCACCUAAUAAGAUGGAAUAUGGAGUAUACUGUAAUAAUAUAACUUAAGUGUUCAUUGUAAGCUAUUUGGAUUAAGAACUAUUACAGAGUUGUAAACUUGUUAUCAAAUUAAUGCAAGACAUUUAAACUAUUUUUUUGCAAAACUAUUUAUUUUUAAACAAUUUAAAAUAUAUCUAGGGUGAGUUAAAAGUCCCUGUGCAUCUAUAUUAGAUGGCAGGUAUUGUCACAGAGUCACUGUGUAUUAAUAAUAAAUGUUGAGAUGGCUUCUCCAUGUUUCUAGAAGCAUUUACAUGUACUCUUUGUGAGAUCAUGGUGCACAGAGGUCUUUGGACUGCCCUGAACCCCGUCUUAAUGUGGGCAUAGCCUGUUCCCCACGCCUUCUUCAUGAUACCAUGUGUUUAAGAUCUAGCCAUUUGGUUUCAAGUUACGAUCAUUCUGAUUUCCAUAUAAAUGGUUUUAAAAUUGUAUUUUGUGUUUUUAUGGAGGGCAAGUCUUGAUACUGUUCUAAUUCAGAAAGCCAAUCUUUAAUGUGCUUUUUUAUGUUCAUAAUAUAAAAUACUUUUAAGUAAAAUGCCCUGUUCUAAUCUGAUUUCAAAUUGCUAGGGUCUGAUAGUGUAUCAGUAAAAAUAAAAAUAUUUGCCAAGAAGUUAUUCACAAACAGAGAAAGGAGCGUUGCAAUAUUUUCUGCUUUUGUUUAAAGAGAACCAUUUGGCAUAUAGACAGUACAACAUAAUGUGAAAGACUGGCUUUGUAGGGUAGUAAAACAGUCUGGUUAAAAUUGGAAAGGGGAAAAAGAGAAAUCAUCCUGUAGUUUUGUCUAGGUAGCGUUUGGGUGAAUUUCUGGAUUCUGUUGAAUGGUAGCUUAGAUGACAUAGGCACUACCUGUAAGUGAUUUCUUAAAUAUAUGUUUCUGAAAAUCUGAGCUCAAGGCAAGAAAAAGAAAAGAAGAAAGCUGUAUCUUUCUGCCAUAAUAAAUGAAUCAAGAGUUGCUUUUUAUCAAAUAUCUCAUCACAGAAACAUGAUGGAGGCCAGAAGCUAUUUCCAGUGUUACUAGGACACUAUUAUGCAAUUUUACAAAUAAUAAGAAAGCAUAGAAAGUACUUGAAAAAGUCUCUUUCUCUUUCUAAGGAAAACUGUUCUCUGGUGCAAUAAUGUGAAAAUUUUGGAAGGUCAAAAAAUAUCACAGGAAAAGAUCAUAGAACUAAAAAUAGUUUUUAAGGAAACCAGCUACACAGGGCAUCCAUCUUGCUGUUAAAGAAAAUCAUGUGCCAAAAGGCUAAAUCACUGGCAUAUAGGAAAUAAAACCCAAGUAUAUACACAUGAUAAUUUCUGAGCCAGUAUUACUGAAACAGGAUAAAAGUUACUGAAAUCUUAAGUAGGUUAUAUGCAGUGUCUCUGCUAGCGCUACCAGUCUGAAUAUCUUUCUUAACAAUGCUUUCAGAAAUGCCAAUUUUGAUCAUUGUACAUUUCACAUUGUAUAUGAGAGAUACUUGCUUUAUGAAUGAUUCAAAGUAAUGUAUUUUAAAUCUUCAUGGCUUUUCAUCGAAUGCGAAGUCUUAAUUUGAAAAUGAAAUCAUGCUACCAGCAAUAGACAGUUUUGUUGAAAACUCUAAUAAGGAACAGUCGCCAGUUCCGUAAAUAACUUUAAAAUUCUAGAAUAAAGUAUUGGUACGCUGGUAGUCACAAAUUCGGAUUCUUUUAAUACUUUUUUAAUCCUGUAAAGAUUUUUUAUAAACAUCCUUUUUUAUUAAUCAGUUAUAACAUGGCGAAUGUGUAGCUGCCGUUUCUGAAAAGUGAUCCAAACUCUACAUCCAGAGAUGAUGAAAAAUUCUUAUAGAAUUUUGUAAUAAGUAUACAUGUUGGGUUAAGGAAAUUUUAUAGUCGUUGGAGUGCCAUGGAAUUAAUACUUGCAAUCCAGAUUGCUGUAGUUUACAUUUUUCUGUAUGUUUCGAAUCAGGUGUGUACCAUUUGUACUGAGAACACCACAGAAUGAAUUAUCCAAAGUCCAUUGAUUUUAAUACGUGUUUUGGUUUGUAAACAAAUUAGAGUAAUUUCUUGCACAUUUUUGGAAAUUAAUCG